AACAUGCUACUUACCCGCUCAGCACACACACACACACACACACACACGCACACACACACCCACACACAGGGGACACAUGACAAUCUAGCUAGGUAGCUGGUGUAGCCAGUGUUGCUGCUCAUCAUGUUUGUAGCUCGUAGUAUCGCUGCAGACCACAAAGAUCUCAUCCACGAUGUGUCGUAUGAUUUCCACGGUCGCAGAAUGGCGACUUGCUCCAGUGACCAAAGUGUGAAGGUUUGGGAUAAAAGUGAGAAUGGAGAGUGGCACUGCACAGCCAGCUGGAAGACACACAGUGGAUCAGUGUGGAGAGUAACGUGGGCUCAUCCAGAAUUUGGCCAGGUUCUGGCCUCCUGCUCCUUCGAUAGGACAGCUGCUGUCUGGGAAGAGAUUGUUGGGGAGUCCAAUGACAAGCAGAGAGGACUGAGCCACUGGAUAAAGAGAACCACACUGGUGGACAGUAGAACUUCAGUGACUGAUGUGAAGUUUGCUCCCAAACACAUGGGCCUUAUGCUGACCACCUGCUCUGCGGACGGAGUGGUGAGGAUCUAUGAGGCUCCUGACGUGAUGAACCUGAGUCAGUGGUCCCUGCAGCACGAGAUCUCUUGCAAGCUGAGCUGCAGCUGCAUCUCUUGGAACCCCUCGAGCUCUCGUGCCCACCCUCCAAUGUUUGCCGUGGGCAGUGAUGACAGCAACGUAACAUAUGGAGGGAAAGUUCAGAUCUAUGAGUAUAAUGAAAACACAAGGAAAUAUGCUAAAGCAGAGACCCUGAUGACCGUUACCGAUGCAGUCCAUGACAUCGCAUUCGCUCCAAACCUGGGACGAUCUUUCCACGUGCUCGCUAUCGCAACGAAAGAUGUCCGAAUCUUUAAGCUGGUUCCUAUGAGGAAGGAGAGCGUGUCUGCGGGGCCCACCAAGUUUGAAGUGCAGAUUGUUGCCCAGUUUGACAACCACAACUCCCAGGUGUGGCGCGUCAGCUGGAACAUCACCAGCACCCUACUGGCCUCUUCCGGGGAUGACGGUUGUGUUCGCCUGUGGAAAGCAAACUACAUGGACAACUGGAAAUGCACAGGCAUCCUGAAGGGGGACGGGAGCCCACUCACCGGCUCAUCUGGCCAGCCGACAGCCAUGAGCACUGUGGUGGGUUCCUCAGUUCAGACCUCCCAGAAUGCCUUGAACGGGAUGACUGCAGGAAGGUAGGUGGUGUGGUUCUUGUGAUGCCACUCACCCAGCCUGUCUGACCCCAAGCCAGUCAGAACUGACAACUCACUAUUCCUCACACUGACUGGGACUACAGCUGCUCACUUACAAACUCUCCGGGCCCCCACUGACCAAAUGUUGCACUUAUGCAAAGGGUUGCCAGCAUAAAGCCUAUGAAGUUGGAUGCUUUGUGUGAUUGUUUUUUUUGUUGUUGUUUUUUGUACUGCUGCAUGUUGUAGGAGUGGUCUUAUGUUCCCACUUUGCAUUGUCAGUGGUAGGGCACAAAAAGUCAAAUAAACCUGUUUAUAUAAAUCUGAUAUGUGACUGUUAUUUCAAAUGCUAGAGCUAUUUGAAUACAGAGGAAAAUUUAUUUCUUACCAAUUUAUUUCUAAAUAAAGAAACAUUUGAUUA